UUCAGUUUCGAAAAAUUUUUCGAUGGAAGCAGCCGAGUGCGAAUGCGAAUGCUCAAUGAGAAGAGCUUUUACUGUUUUACUUUUUGCCUGAAAUACAUUUUGAGAUAAUUUCUUAUUGGUAGUUCUGUUUAUGCCAUCGCUUGCGUCUGUCUGUGUUAUUUCGAUUGCGAGAGCUAGUUAACAUUAGUUAAAAUUAAAACAAACGCCAGCCAUAAGAUAUAAUCGAAUUGCGGUUUUUUCUUCUCGUACCGAAUUUCCAUCCACAUCCGCAUCCACCAUCCGCCAUCCGCCAAACCCAUCCCGUUCCGUUUGUUCGUCGCUAUCCGUCGGAUAUGUUGUUCUAUCGGUGUACCGUACAAGUACAAGUUCGUACCCAGUCCAAAGCCAAACAGAUUGCGCCGUGUGCCGGUAAAAAUAAGCGCAAAGUUUGAGAAAAACCAUCAACAUCAGAUGAUGUGCCCUGGAGGAAAAAACGUCGCGGAUUUAAUGAAAUCUUAAAUAAUGGGUUCGCUUUAGCACAAUUCGACGUUGCAUUCGGCCAGCGGUGUGUUGUGUAAACAAAGUUGUAGUUAUAGUUUUAGUUUAAUUAGCUUCGCAUAAGCUGCAACCGGAUCUGAAACAGACCGUGGAAACAAAAAAAUAAUAAUAAUAAUAAUAAUAAUAAUAAUUGCAUUUCAUGUAUGCCAGUGUAAAUUUGCGUUCGUGUGUGCUAAGUUUACAUAUAGAGAGCGUGGAGUGGAUUGGGAUUGGAUAGUGUUGGAUUGGAUAGUAUCCCUAUCCGAUUCGCGCCGUUAUUGUUAAUGCGCAGUGCAUUUAUUAAGGAAUCCGUCUGAUAUCAGAACAACCUUAACUAACGCCUUUAAAUCAAUGAUAUGGUGGCCAAUUCCCAUUCCGUCGAACAAUCGAAUCGAGCGACUAGAUUCGGUAAACAUCGACCAAGUGUAAACUCGACUCCCAUUACCACUGUGUAAAUACCAGAAAGUAAAUCCAAAAAAAAGAACAAUAAUUCAACCUGCAGGGGAAACUAAAAACGCACGAUACACUUAUUUGGAAGUGGAUUUAAGUUUCAGUAAUGCCAGCCAAUGAACGACCAAUUGCGAUACAAUACAGAAACACAAACAGAAACCGAAACAUAAGCGAAGAGUAAAUAAAUGCAAAUUAAAACAAAAAAGCCGGGCUCAUGACACAAUUGGUCAUGUAAAUCGCGAAAGAUAAACAUAAUCCGUAUAAUUCGUAUAAAUAUCAUCGUAGUCGCGACGGUGGAAAAUGUGCAGUGCGGUUAAAUCCUAAAAAAUGGAUCGGUUUUCACUGAUAAGCAUCCGCAUUUGGGUUUAUUUCUUCGAUCCCUGCAAGGUCCGCGAAAAAAGUUCGCCGAAGAAGGUGCUGUGAAUAGCCCAAUCAAUCCGCACAGCUCUCCAUUUCGAGAUAGAGAUCUUCUCCAGCUUUCGGAAUCCUCGCACAUCUAGACCAUAUCCUAGCCAAUCGGAGCAGCCGCGCAAUAAGUAGCAUCUAAUCCUGGAGCUUUACACCAAUGCGAUAUGGAUUGUGAUUACUCGAAGUUUCUGUACAAAAUUGGACCCGGCACCAUACCAUCACCGUGGACACCAGUGAAUGCCGGUCCUCCAGGCGCACUUGGAUCGGCAGACACAAAUGGCAGCAUGGUGGAUAGCAAAAACCUGGAUGUCGGUGAUAUGAGCGAUGACGAAAAGGACUUGUCAUCCGCUGAUGCCGAAGGUGUAUGGAGUCCAGAUAUCGAGCAGAGCUUUCAAGAGGCUUUAUCUAUAUAUCCGCCGUGCGGACGUAGAAAAAUCAUUUUAUCCGACGAGGGUAAAAUGUACGGUCGCAACGAGCUAAUCGCACGAUAUAUAAAACUGCGCACAGGCAAAACGAGAACCAGGAAGCAAGUCAGUUCGCACAUCCAAGUGCUGGCUCGCCGUAAACUCCGCGAGAUCCAGGCGAAAAUCAAAGUGCAAUUCUGGCAACCUGGACUACAGCCAAGCACGUCCCAAGACAUCAAGCCCUUCCCCCAGCCGCCGUAUCCAGCUGGCAAAACGUCGACUGCGGUUUCCGGGGACGAAACUGGAAUUCCGCCCUCACAAUUGCCCUGGGAAGGACGAGCCAUUGCCACGCACAAAUUCCGCUUACUCGAGUUUACGGCGUUCAUGGAAAUCCAGAGAGAUGAAAUUUAUCACCGGCAUCUAUUCGUUCAACUUGGCGGCAAGCCAUCCUUUUCCGAUCCAUUGCUUGAGACUGUUGAUAUACGGCAAAUAUUCGACAAGUUUCCGGAGAAAUCUGGGGGACUUAAAGAUCUCUACGAAAAGGGUCCACAGAAUGCGUUUUACCUAGUUAAAUGCUGGGCGGACCUGAAUACCGAUCUAACAACCGGCAGCGAAACGGGUGAUUUCUAUGGCGUAACCAGCCAAUACGAAAGCAACGAGAAUGUCGUGCUCGUGUGCUCCACAAUCGUUUGCUCCUUUGGCAAGCAAGUGGUGGAGAAGGUGGAAAGCGAGUACUCUCGACUGGAGAACAAUCGCUACGUCUAUCGCAUUCAACGCUCCCCCAUGUGCGAGUACAUGAUCAACUUUAUUCAGAAGCUGAAGAACCUACCGGAACGCUAUAUGAUGAACAGUGUGCUGGAAAACUUUACAAUAUUGCAAGUAAUGAGGGCCCGCGAGACGCAGGAGACACUGUUGUGCAUAGCCUAUGUGUUUGAGGUGGCGGCCCAGAACAGCGGCACCACCCAUCACAUAUACCGUCUAAUUAAGGAAUAGCAAAAGCUGCAUGGAGCAGAACCCAACCUGUCUGCGAAUCCCAUCAUCAACACACAAGUUCACAAAUAUACCGACAACAACAACAGCAGCAGCAUCAACAAUAAUAGUAUCAUCAAUACGGCUAAGAAUUGCGAUAAUAAGACGAGUAAUGAAAUUGCCAACACAAUAUCCAACACCAAGAGUGCCAGAAUCAUCAGCAGUAUCAACAGUAUCAACAGCAUCAGCAACACCAGCAACAUCGGCAACAUCAGCAACAUCAGCAACAUCGGCAGCAGCAAUAGCAACACUAUCGCACUAAAAUGUGGCGACGGCAAUAUGAAAACCAGGAACCUAUCCGUUGCUGGCGCCACAAUUAUCAAGCAAUCACUCACCUCACCGCAACAUCAUACGGAUAUCGAUGCCUUGACAGCACUUCAAGUGGAGGAGGUUAUUUAUACACAGUCACAAGGGAAUACCAGUUAUCAAUUAGACACCGAAACAAGCAUUGCUCCCAACGUACAAGAGCCAACACUCCAGCAGCAACAUACCGCCUAUGAGGAUCGUACAGUGACAGUCCUGCCACCGUAUAAUCUAUGUAUCGGCAACAAGCAACCACAACCAUUCGAGGCUGAGCAACACGAACACGAACACGACCAGGAACAGGAACUGGAACUGGAACUGGAUCAGGAACAGCAGAAGCAACUGGGGAACACGGGCUAUGAGCAGUUCCUGAAGUUGUCCGCUCAUGAAUAUUCAGAAACUGACAGACGCUCCGCGGCUGCUCUAAAUCUCAGCAGUAUUGGCGAAAAAGAAGCGGCAUUGGUCGGUGAAUCCAAGACGGAUCUUGAAGAUCCGCCAGAGUUUCGGAUGCUUCGAGAGGUCAGUGCGACAGCGGCGGAGGAUCCACGACGAGGACCCAACGCCGAUGGAAUCAGUAACAAAGGCCGUGAGCCGUGAGCGCCAUAUAAUACCACCAGCCUUUAAGCAAGGUUGAGGCUUAUUUUAAGGGUUAGAAAUACGAUUGCAAGGAACGACACAAUCAGAGCUUUUUGUUUUCCACCCAAAACGAGAAAGAAAAAAAAUGAAAAAAAAAACCACAUGGCAGGGGACAAUGGAAGAGCCUCAAAACAAGAGAUGAUUGAUUGGUGUUCAGUAUCGAAAUCAGAUUUUUAUUUGUGCAAAAUAAAAAAUGUAUCAUAUUUUAUGUUACAAUCAUUUGAAAGACUCAAAAAACAACCGACUUUAGUUCAGCAUAGAGUGCUUUCUGUAAAAUUGUACUAUAAUACAUAAAAAACAAAAAAAAAACAAAAAAAAAAAUACAUUUAAAUGAUCUCAAAGUUACUUAAAACAUAUUUUUUGUGUAUAAUUUUUUUUAUGAAAACUUUACAAAAUCCUAAAAACGCAAAACAAACAAAAAAAAUAAUGAAUGAAGGAGUCGUCCUGCGCUGAUUUUAAAAAGUAGCAAACUAAGAGUAUAUAUAUUGAAUAAUAUGUUUGAAACAAAGAACGCCGCAAAAGAAACAGAUACAAUAUAGUUUUCCGAAUUACCAUUUAGAUAUGCAUGGUCAUGUGCAAAUAGGAUUAAGCCAUUUUUUUUUAUAUAACAGCCCUUGCGUAAGGCUACAAAAUGUAUAGAAAUAAUACGUUAGUUUUAUUUUAUUCAAGCUCUCAAGCUUAAUCUUCAUUUAGCAACUGUGCUGAGCAGUCGAAGGGAAGGCCAAGUUGCCAACUAGUUUAGAUUGCUGGCUGGAGUUAGCGCUGAUAUGGAGCUAAGGUGCGAUAAGGUGACUUCGAGCACCUGUCUGGCGAGGAGCUGAAAAUGAAAUUCAUUUUUUUUUUGUUCAUUGAUUUCGAUAUCCUGUCGUGGGAGCGCGAGUGUUGUGAGGUGAGGAGGGCAAAGGAGCGAGGGAGCGUAGGAGGAUCUUGUGUGUUAAGCGAUGGUUUUUGUCUAUCCAUUCGCAAUCAUAGUGGCAAAAAUGGAUAUGUAAGUAAUUGAAUUAAGCAUGUGUCGAAUGAUCCACCGUUAAUUAAAUUAUUGAUUACUGAUUUAAAUUCAUUAGUAUUAAAAAUGCUUAUAUAUAUUAUGAUAUGAAUACAACUGGUAUGUAAUUAGCCAUUUCUGCAUCCACCGAAGACAAGCUCGAACACAUCAAAUGUCCAAAACUGUAAGAAAUUAUACAUAAAUGCAGAAGAAAUAGCAUACCGAUUUAUUUUUCGAUCGAAGUAAAGAGGUAAAGAUAACUAAAAUGUAUUCUGAAUGUAAAACAGCCUAAUUAAAAUUAUCUAAUUAGUAAUAAUACGAUUACACACACACACACAUAUAUAUAUAUAUAUAUAUAUAUAUAUAUAUAUAUAUAUAUAUAUAUAUAUUAAUAUAUAUAUAUAUUUACCAAAUAAUAUAACAUAUUUAUGCUCUAAAGUAUAUAUGACUACAGCAAAUACGCAUUUUUUGAUUUUUUGUUCGUAGAUAAGAUAAGUUAAUGUGAAAAGAAUAACAUGAUUGCAUACUAAAAAGUUCCACAACAAUGAAAGUUGAAUUUUAUUUCGAGAGCUAAGAAAACCAGCAACAAAAAUAUUUUAAAGCUGUAGACUUAAAAAUAUUAUUAUUAAAGAUCACUAAUGAAUAUGGUUGGCAAAUAUAGGUGGAGAGUAAAUAUAAUAAAUUCAAAUUUACCCGAAAGUCUUUGAUUUCAAAAUUCUAGCAGCCGAAUAAGUUAAAUUCAGCAAUAUAAUUUCAAUCAGAGAUGCAAUUUUAAAAAACAAAUAACUUUCCUGUCAUGGGCACAAAAUUCGAAGAAUUCUAGAAAAGCAGCAAGAAUGAUUGGUUUUAAAAUUUUGACUUGGAUUUUUGUAUUUAUAUGCCUACCAUAUAAUAUCGUGCAGAAGAGGCAAAUGGUAUAAUAGAAACGAAACCUUUUGGAGAUGGAUUAAUUCGAUUUCAGGAAAAGUGAAUUCAAUUCUUGAUUGGAGAAAACUCGGAACCCUUUUUGGGACCCAAACCAAAACAACUAAAAUCAACUGUAAACGAUGAAUCAAUCAACAACUGCACACCCAUCAAUCGUGCUUGUGAGGCAAAAUUUCCAGUUCACACCAUGCAGGAUUUCACAAACAGCUUCGUUUAUGCGGAGAACAGACUCUUUUACACAUUGAAUAAUUAUAGGACAGUUUUAAAAAAACAUCGCAAAAACAACGGAAACUUUAUCAAGUUUACAAUAUUGUACAUCUAAAACGGUUAACGGUUUUACAAUCACACGA